AUGAGCGACAUCACCCCAUUCAAGAUUGACGUGCCCGACGCGGCCAUAAAAAAGUUAAAAGAUAAACUUGAGCUCGCUGAUCUACCCGACGAGGUAGAAUUCUCAAAUGACUGGUCAUACGGAACACCUCGAGACGAUAUACAGCGUCUCGCCAGGUACUGGAAGGAUGGCUAUGACUGGCGCGCCCACGAAGCCAAAUUGAACGCCCAGCUACCGCAGUUUAAGACGACGGUGAAUGUAGAGGGAUUUGGAGACUUGAAUAUUCACUUUGUGCAUAAAAAGAGUUCGAAGCCGGGGAGUAUUCCGCUUUUGUUCUGCCACGGCUGGCCAGGGCAUUUUAUGGAAGUAGCCAAGAUACUUCCACUUCUGACGGGUAACAAAGAGGACCUGUCAUUUGACGUCGUAGCACCAUCUCUUCCAAACUUUGGUUUCUCAGAUGGCGUCAAGAAGAGGGGUUUUGGCAUCCCCCAAUAUGCAGAGACUUUGCACAAAGUCAUGAUCAAGCUUGGAUACAACAAAUACGUAACCCAAGGCGGAGACUGGGGCUACGUGAUAACCCGCCUCAUCGGCGUCCAAUACCCAUCAUCCUGCAUAGCCUCACACGUCAACUUUGUCCGCGCAAAGAAACCGCCCGAAUUCCUCAAAUCUCCCCUUCUCUACAUCCAGCACAAAAUCACGCCUUACACAGAUUUCGAAAAAGCCUUUCGCGAACGAUCAGAAUGGUUCCAAACAGAAGGAAUUGGAUACAAUGUUGAACAAAGCACGCGCCCCUCCACAAUUGGCAUUGCUCUCACCGACCCAGUAGCAUUACUAGCCUGGAUUUACGAAAAGUUACACGACUGGACGGAUAACUAUCCCUGGACAGACGAUGAGAUAUUGACCUGGAUAUCGAUCUAUCAAUUCUCCACGGCGGGUGCAGCAGCAAGUGUGCGGAUCUACUACGAGUCUAAACACGCAGAAUUGGAGAGAGGCGAAAAGGCGUUUGGAUAUGUUCCCAAGGUGCAGUUGGGGCUGUCGUACUUUCCAAAGGAUCUGGUUUUGCCGCCGAGGACAUGGGGACGAGCUUUGGGGCCGGUGGUAUUUGAGAGUGUUCAUGGUGAUGGAGGUCAUUUUGCGGCUCAUGAGCGGCCGGAGGUUUUGGUGGAUGAUUUGAGGAGGAUGAUUGAGAAGGUGAAGUUUUAA